AUGUUCACACCACAACUAACCGCCUUGCCCCGAAAGAUGACCGAAUAUAAUGCGGCAAGACCGAGAGCUGCACACCCAAAGCUCCGGCCCCGGUGUGGACGCUGCGUUUCUCACGGCAUUCCGUGUGUCUAUGGAGUUUCGCGUAAGACGGGGAAGCCCCCGCGACAUAAGCCUCGUUCAAGCCCAACGCAGACAUCUCCUGAGCAGUUGGGUGCCCUAGAAACCGGUAAUGCAGGCGAUGGCAUUGGCGAUCAAUCGGCCUUCACCACGCUUGACUUAGUCGAAUGGCCUACUGUCUCUCAAUUCACCACCAGUCCAUUGCCGGAUAUGGCCCAAUCUUACGCCACUAACUUCGCAACACAUGCAGUCCCCCCUACAAGGCUCCAGACGCUUGACGAAGUCUUACCGCACCACGAGUGUUGGCGCAUGGCCUACGAAAUGCUAGGCAGGCUAUCCAUGUUAGACGACCCAUCAUUAGGAACAAGUUUGAGUGUCGACGAGGUGCCUUUUGAUCAUAUGCUGUGUCUGAGUCGAGAAGCGAUUGAUCAGCUUAGCAAGCUCCAGGCCUGCUCUUGUGCCCCAUGCCCAAGCCUCGCGUUUUUAAAGGCCUCAAUGGUUUCCAAAGUCCUGUUGUGGUACCAUCAAGCCACAAUAUGUAUGCAAGCUGUUGCUUCUCGUUUCUCCACUACGAUACCGACCUCGGUUCCACCGGCAAACAUAGCCGUUGGGAGAUUCAGUGUAGACGACGAACGCGUUCAGGCGGCACUGAAGAUUCAGUUGUUAUUAGGGGAGAUGAGAAGAGCAGAUCUCCUAAUUGAUCGAUUCACUUUACGCCAGGACGAAUCAAUCAUAAGUAGCAAUAAAUCUAACCUUGACCGUGUUGAUGGAUUAUACCAACAGCUCGCUACUUGGUUAAAGGCCGAGCAUUCGCGAAUCAUUCAUAUCAUGAGAUCAAAGCUGAAGGAGGUGAACAACUGA